GCGGUCCGUGCGACCUCCCUGGGCGUGCGGCUCAGCCUCAACAAUACGCCCGCCCACGCCCUCAGCGUGCAGGAGGGACGCCAGGAGACCGUCACCUUCUUCCUCGACGACCUGCCUCCUCAGGCUGUUGGUGACCUUCUGAUCGAGGAAAUACAAAGUGAUCACUUAGACCACAUAGAUAUAUCUCCAAGUAAGAUUCCAUUGGCCGAGGCGGAGUCCCAGGGCCUUUUAGAACGCUCAGAAAAUGACACCUUAGAGGGCUCUUUCAACGUCUCUGGGAAGUUCCUGGGCUUUACCAAGAUCAAGUUUGUCCUCAGCAAUGGCAAUGAUGAGGAACUUGUGGAGAGUGAGCCUGUCAGUGUCAAGGUGCAACGUGGCCAACGGGUGCUUGAUAAAAUCUUCAUCCAUGUUGUUAUUGCAAUGGUUAUUGUAGCUUAUAUCAACAUGGGUUGUGCCAUAGACUUACAGGUUAUCAAGCAGACUCUCCGUAAGCCUGUUGCCCCAGCUAUAGGCUUGGCUUCACAGUACUUAUUUAUGCCAUUGGCCUCAUAUGCCAUUGGCUACGGCUUGUUCGGCAGCGCCCCAGAGAUGUGGUUGGGUCUGUUUUUGACAGGCUGUUCUCCGGGUGGCGGAGGAUCCAACAUGUGGACUUACUUACUGGAUGGCUCCCUCGACUUGUCCGUCACCAUGACCUUCAUCUCUACUGUUGGGGCAUUCCUGGCUCUGCCUAUGUGGGUCUAUGCUCUGGCAAGGACUAUCUUCCAAGAUGGACAUUUCUCUAAACUUCCCUACAAGAAUAUUGCAAUGUUAGUGGUUGGCCUUGUGUUGCCUCUGUCCAUUGGCUUGGUGAUCAAGCGCUGCUCCCCUCGGGUUGCGCUCGUCAUGAAGCGCCUUCUGAAGCCCAUCUCCAUCAUCUUCAUUCUGUUCAUGAUGACCUUUGGAGUUUACGCCAACCUCUUCAUUUUUGCUUUCUUCAGCUGGAAGGUUGCUCUUGCUGGCAUUCUGCUUCCUUGGCUUGGCUUCCUGUUUGGUGCCGUGGCAUCCCUCGUGUGCAGGCGCAGCUGGGAGGAAGCCAUUGCAAUCAGUAUUGAGACUGGUGUGCAGAAUACAGGCCUGUCCAUAGGCAUCCUCAAGGUUGCCCUUCAGGAAUUUGCUCCUCUGGGAGACUAUGACCCCAAUACCUCUGACCAUUGCGUACAUCGCCAAGCGGAUCCGAGAGUGCAGGGCCAAGAAAACAACCUAUGAGAUUGAUAGCCCUGAGGAUUAUGAGGAUGACAUGAAAAACCAGCUGCAUCUUUCUCCCUCAUCCACAUCAUCACUCCACAAGGAUGCCAAUGAUAAUUCAAAAGCUGUUUUGGCUUAAAUCUUUUUUUUUUUUUUCUUCAUCUUUUUGUCAUAAAUGAAGUUAAGAAGAAGGAAUAAAGAUACCCGGUGAUUCUUUGAUAUGGUGCAAGUGAAUUUUCCAUAAGAGGAGGUUUUAUUAAUGAAAAUCGUACCUGUCUCUUUUAAUUAUGUAAAUGUAACAUGUAUGUGAAUUUUUAAUUCAAAAUAUUUUUGGUACUUAAUAUAUAUAUUGUCCGUGACUUAAAAAGUUUGGACGUGAAUGAGGUAGAACAGUUAUGUUUUCAGAGUCUUUUUAAAAUAUUUGUUAACACAUGAUCAAAUCUGUAGUGACAGUAUAAACAUUUGUACAAUAUGCGGUGCCUACAAUAGACUUGUAACAGGUCCACUUAGUGCCAGAGAAAAAAAUCCUAUUAUUGAUAUAUAACAUUUGCCCUCCAGUGAAGUAGUACACAAGUAGAUUAAUAUUUCAGAAGAUUUGUCAAAAUUUAGCAAUUAUUGUUUGCGU